UUUUUUUUUUCACUCAUGCCAAAUUUUGUUGUUUCAUAUUGGCGUAUAUUUUUUUCUUUUUUCUUUUCUUUUUCCUCUUAUUUUCAAACACUUUAUUGUAUACAAUGCCACUUUUUACUUUUGAUAUGAAUAUGCAACAUGCUUUGAAACAAGCUGGAAUCAUUCCUGAUGUUAUUGAUGAAGGUUUUCAACCUAAAACACUUUUAUCUGUCAAAUAUCCUGAUGAAGAAGUAGCUAUUGGUAAUCAUCUUACUACAAAUCAAACAGCAGAAGCUCCUCAAGUUCAAUUUGUUACUGAAGAUAAUGAAGAUAAUGAAUAUACUCUAUUCAUGGUCGAUCCUGAUGCUCCAUCACGAACAAAUCCUAAAAAUGGACCUUGGCGUCAUUGGGUGGCAGUAAAUAUUCCUGGUAAUCAACAAGAUAAAGCAACUGCAGCAUCUUCUCAAUUGACCAACUAUUUGGGACCAGCACCUCCACCUGGUACAGGCGAUCAUCGAUAUGUUUUUUUACUUUAUAAACAACCUAACAAGAAUAUCAAGUUUGAAUCUUUAUCCCAAAGUGUUCAAGAACGCAGAAGUUUUGAUUACAAAAAAUAUGCUUUGACUCAUCAACUUGAACUUGUAGGUGUCAACUUUUUUUAUUGCUCUGUUUCGUAGUUAUUAUUUAGUAUUCAAUUAAAUAAAAUAUAUAUAUAUAUAUAUUA